CUUGAUUAAACCUACUUAAUCUCAAUAAUAAAAACCAAGAUUAUUCAUUGGUUUAAUUUUUCUUUCAGGUUUGUAUUUGGGUAAACCAAUAUAGUGAAGGUGAAUAAUCGGGAUAACGGGAUAAAUCAUUUAAUUCUGUCACUCGAACCGAACGCUGGUACGCGUAAAUGAAUUUCGUUUAAUCGAACCGGUCUGUCUGGGUUCGUUGCUGUUUUAAGAAAAAAAAAGGGAAUGUUGUAAGUUAAUUAAUUGUUAAUUACAGAUUAGUAGCGGGUUUAACUUAAAAAAAGGAAAUAGUGAAAGUGAAAUCAUUUAUUUACCAACCGACCGACGGAGCCUAUAAAUACCAGAGAGAAAGAGAGUGUUGUUAUACUUUCGCUAUCUUCUUAAUCUUCCGCGCUUACACAACAGAAACUCUCUCUCGACUCUUGUCUCAAUUAGGGUUUCGUUUGUUCGUGGAAAAAAAGAAAAGAAUGGUGAAAGGAGGUACGAAGAGGAAGCCUGAGAUGAAGAAGAUCACAAACAAAGCUUCGCGUGCCACAACUUUUUCGAAACGCAGAGACGGUCUCUACAGUAAAGCGGCUCAGCUUUGUGUUCUCUCCGACGCUCAAAUCGCUAUCUUAGCGACACCGUCUUCUUCGAACUCCAACGCUUCUUUCUUCUCGUUUGGUCACUUCUCCGUUGAGUCCGUCGUCUCGGCUUAUCUCUCCGGACAGAGACUUACUCCUGUUUCAUCAUCGCGUGACACGAGAGAAGACCUCGGUAUAUGCAUGGCUCGCAAGGAUCUAGGGUUAGGGUUUUGGUGGGAGGACGACAAGCUUGUCAACUCGAAGAAUCCGAAAGAGCUUAUGGAAGCGAUGGAGUCCAUGGAAGUACUAAUGAGCCAUCUCAAGCGAUUGGAGGAUCAAACCCUAACAACAACGGUCGACGAGGACAAGGUUGAGAUUUCACCUGACUUGGAUGAAUGGAGUGAUAUGGACCUUAAUCAACUCCUCGAAGACUGUGAUGAUGUACCAGUACCACCACCUGUUGUUUGCAACACUGACAAAGAAGAGGGUCAGAACGUAUCUGAGAAAACCUGCAACAACAACAGCAACUCUGUCUCAUCAUCAUUACCGGCUGCAGCUGAAAAAAGCUUGGAAGAAGCGACGAUGGAUCUUGAUUUCGAUAGUAUUUUUGAAGGUCUGAUAUCCUAUGAUGAUGAGGAUCUCUUCUGGUCUGAUGAGUUAUUGUCCAUGUAAUUUUGAGGAGUGUACGUUCGGUUUGUACUCGAUCAGUUUCUCUCAUAUUAGAGAAAAUUGAUCGAACUCAUACCGGUUUGGAUUGUGUCUCGAUGAUGUAUUAAUCAAGUGUAAUAAAUGUUUUUCAUGUAAGUAAAAUUUAAGGCUGUGUACUUCUUCUUGUUAUGUUUUUGGUAAUUUGUUCUGACAUAUAUUCUUUGCAAACGUUUUGUUACUUCUGGUAAGUGGUAAUGAUCUCUGCUCGACGUUUUAUAAACAAAACAUACAUUAGGGACAUUCAUUAUUUCUCUUUUUUUUUUAGCAACAGGGACAUUCAUUAUUACUCAGCAGUUAAUUUGAAGUAUAUUGUGUAUACAUGUCAUAAUAACAUCGUUUGUUGUCUCAAAAACACUUGUCAACAUCAAUAAAUAAACUAUUUAUUAUAUUGAUAUCAUUGCUACAAAAUAUAUAUACACAAAA